AUGGAAAGCCUUCAGAUGGGUGGAGAAGGUGCCAUCACCGCAGGAAUACCGUUGUUGAGGAUCCUCCUGGUGGGCAAAACAGGCAGUGGGAGAAGUGCCACCGGGAACAGCAUCCUCGGCCAGCCAGUGUCUGAGUCCAAGACAAAGGCGCAGGCCGUGACCAGGAGAUGCCAGGGGGAGACAGGCAUGUGGGGCGAGAGGAACAUCCUGGUGGUCGACACCCCCCCCAUCUUUGAGUCAAAGGCCCAGACCCAAGAGGUGUACAAGGACAUCGGGGACUGCUACCUGCUCUCCACCCCAGGGCCCCACGUGCUGCUCCUGGUGACCCAGCUGGGACGUUUCACGGCCCAGGACAUGGCAGUGGUGAGGAGGGUGAAGGAGGUCUUUGGGGUAGGGGUCAUGAGACACAUGGUCAUCCUCUUCACCCACAAAGAAGACCUAGUGGACGAGUCCUUGGAUGAGUAUGUGGCGAACACGGACAACCAGAGCCUGAAGGGCCUGGUGAGGGAGUGCGGGAGGAGGUGCUACACCUUCAACAACCGGGCGGGCGGAGAGCAGCGGUGGGGACAGCUGGCGGCCCUCAUGGCCGUGGUCGAGAGUCUGGACAGGGAGCACGAGGGCCGCUUCUACAGCAACGACCUCUUCCUGGAGGCCCAGCUGCUGCAGCGACACGGGGCCUGCGAGGAGGACUCCAGGCUGUACCUGGCCAAGGUGAGGGGACAGCUGCACAAGCAGGAGCGGGAGCUCGAGGAGAUGGACAGGCCCUGGGUUGUUGGGGUGCUCCUCAGACUCCGAGACUGUGUGGUCUUGCGUUAUGAGAUUUGUGGUGUUGUCGUCUGGUGCAGCUUACUUUUUCUUUUCAUUUUUCUGAUCAUCUUUUAUCAUUUUUAAUUCCUUGUAUUUAAGAGCAAUUUCUUAAGUAUCA